AAUGAAGCGGUGGCUACAGUACGGCAAACUACGUUUAGUAUAUUUGGUAACUGUAGUCGAUGCACACGCUUUUUUAGAAUCGAGUGAGCUUGGUACGUCGCUGAAGUGAUUCCUCGCUCCUUGAUUGUUUCUUUGACUUUGACUUUCAGUUUUGCGGAUAACUUUUGCUUUCAACGCUCGUUUGUUUUUGUGAGAUCAAAGUGCAGGAUAUGAGUAUGGCUAGCGGACAAUUUUUAUAUACAGUUGCUUUCCUUUGUCUGAUGACCUUACCUUCCACACAACCGAUAACGGUAACAUUCGGAACGAAAGAAGGUCCCAUCGAGCCCAGGCAACCAAAGUCACCGCAGAGUCAAGAAAAACCCGUAGAAUACAGGAACCCAGCUCCAGUUUCCGAAGAAAGAAUCGACGUUCCCAAUCCAAACACGUAUAGACCGCCAUUCCCUCAUCAAUACAGAGAGAAAAUAUACUCUUAUAAAGCUCCUUCAAAUUUAAUUUUAGGAACCCCGUUAGAUCAAAAAUACACCCCAAGCAUCUCCAAGUAUCAUUAUUACAAAAAACAAUUGCAAAAACUUGAUUCGGGAGUAGAUUACACCGGUCCGCAUAUUUUCGAAAAACAAGAAUACGAAUUUUAUCCCAAAACUAUACUCAGCCCAUCAGUUAAAUACAACAAACCUGUUUAUGUACCUUUGACUGAUAAAAACGGUAAAUACGUUCCCGAAAUCGGAAUUAUUUACUCUUCAGGUGUGAGAUAUUAUAUACCUCAAGUUGUAAUUGUUAAUUCUAAAGAAGUCAAUGAUCCAAAAGACGAAAAUUCCGUGUACGAUGUCGAAGACGCUAAAUAUUACCAAUAAAAUAGUUUAGUCGAAAUUUUUUCCAGUGCCAAUAAUUUUAUUGUUUUGUUUUUAUUUUGACAUAAACACAAAAAAAUAUCGAUACAAAAUUAUCUACCCAUACAAAUAUUUUUGAUAUCACAACCAUAAUUGCUUGUGGGUUUUAUGUACAUCAAAGAAAAAGUUCUUAAGAAGCUAAAAAUUUUUAGUUUAUUUAUAAAAAUAUUGAAUAAAAUAUGUGUACAUCCACCCACCCUGUACGCGUUCGUUUAGCAUGCGACAAAUCUUCUUUUUUUCUCUCAUCCUGGCUCUAGGUUGUCACUCAACCUCUUUCGUGGUCGACCUCUACUUCAUGUUCCAAUUGGACUAUUUUUAUCAGUCUAUCGUCUGUUAUUCCACUCAUAUGUUGGUUCUUACUUUGUUUUAACAUUAUUAAAUUAUUAAAUUUUUCAAUAAAAAUCCACAAAUUGCGGAGAACAAAGUUACUAGGUAGCUCUUACUGCUACCACGUAUCCAUAUUUUUCCAUCCUGUUGUUUAUCAUCAUUUUCAAUCUUCUUCAAUAGCCACCUUCACCUGGGGGCUAACAUAUGACCUUGAACCAUUUCUUAAUAUCAUACCAUCAAACAUUGUGUUUAAAUUCGGUAAUUCUCAUCGAUAACAAGUAGUUCUACCCUAUGAAAUCGGCGUUUGCUAUUACAUUAUAUGAAAACUUUUUCUCUAGCAUGUUAAUGGUGUUAUUGAUUUCAAAAGCCAGUCGUUGUUGAAUACAGGCCUUCGCAAAUAUCUGUAACAACUCUUUAUUUCACAAUUUAAGGAUAAAAAUAUAAAAAUUAGAACAAUUUAUCAUAUAUUCAAGGACUGCAUUUAUUCAUACAUUUCUUCUUAAUCCCGGUUUUGAUUUAAUGUCUUUUCUUCUUAAUGCUAGUAAUACUAACGAUGUAAUUUUACUUUAUCUUUACCGCUGUCAUUUAUUCUUGAGAGUCCUUUUUUGAACUAGAGAAACCAAUAUAAAAUACGAUGUUAACCACAAUAAUACUGUCCGAGUUUGCAGCAAGUCCUGAUGUCGUUUCGGUCAUGGAUAAACGGUCAUCUAUCAACUCUUCUUCGGUAGAUGUGUUCCAAGUUUAUUUUCUGGUAUAUUACCAGAAAAUUAGUUAUACUAGUACACCUAUUUAACGUCAGGAAAAAGUUUCUGUUCAUCUGUGAUUCAGGUAUACAGCACAAUUAUAUAUCUAGUUUCUUUGAUAGUUAUAUCGAGAAAUCAAUUUAAUACCGACAUCAAACCAUUAAUUUUAAUUACCACGCAAUAAAGUUUCGAUUAUAAUCAAUAAACUACAGAAUAUCAUUUGAUUUAUUGUGGUCUCGAUGAUCAUUUAGUGGUUUUUUGUGAGGAUAAAAACCAACAUCGAGUUCUUGAUUGAAAGUCCUAAAACUACGCUUGUUUUUCUUAAAACUUUCAGAUUAUUACACGGUUGUAAACUUUCAAGACGAUCAGGGUGCAGCUUUCGUAUUUUUAUUAUUCUUUACACAAAAUUUCAACUGAAUCCAAACUUAUUUAAUAUUGUUAGAAAAGCAAAUGUUGAUUAAUAACAGCUUGCUACUUUGAAAUUCUCAUCUUUUGAGUCGCACCCGAGAAAUCGAUACUAUUUGGAGCGACUAGGAGACUAGGCCAAUGAAGACGAACGUCCACACUCUCGCACUUGUGUUUGCUCAAAUAGCCUCGUGGAGAAACUAGAUCAGGCUUAUAUAUAUUCAAGAUUAGGAAAACACGAACUAAAAUAUUACAAAUUGUCUUUUGUAAAAAUUGAAGUAGUUUUUUCUGCAUAAAUUUAAUUUUAUUUCAUAAUUUUCAAAAUAGUUGAUUUCGUGCAAUUAUUGUAUAAAACAUUUCUUUUAGUUACAAUUAACAUGGAGGAGUCAAAUUAAAAUUUCCUGUUUCUCAUUUUCAUGAUAUUUCGUGUUGUUAUUAUUCUUUACACAAAAUUUCAACUAAAUCCAAACUUAUUUAAUAUUACAACAAAAGCAAAUAUUGAUUAAUAACAGCCUGCUACUUUGAAAUUCUCAUCUUUUGAGUCGCACCCGAGAAAUCGAUACUAUUUGGAGCGACUAGGAGACUAGGCCAAUGAAGACGAACGUCCACACUCUCGCACUUGUGUUUGCUCAAAUAGCCUCGUGGAGAAACUAGAUCAGGCUUAUAUAUAUUCAAGAUUAGGAAAAAACGAACUAAAAUAUUACAAAUUGUCUUUUGUAAAAAUUGAAGUACCUACUUCUGCAUAAAUUUAAUUUUAUUUCAUAAUUUUCAAAAUAGUUGAUUUCGUGCAAUUAUUGUAUAAAACAUUUCUUUUAGUUACAAUUAACAUGGAGGAGUCAAAUUAAAAUUUCCUGUUUCUCAUUUUCAUGAUAUUUCGUGUUUUUAUUAUUCUUUACACAAAAUUUCAACUAAAUCCAAACUUAUUUAAUAUUACAACAAAAGCAAAUAUUGAUUAAUAACAACUUGCUACUUCGAAAUUCUCGUCUUUUGAGUCGCGCCCGAGAAAUCGAUACUAUUUGGAGCGACUAGGAGACUAGGCCAAUGAAGACGAACGUCCACACUCUCGCACUUGUGUUUGCUCAAAUAGCCUCGUGGAGAAACUAGAUCAGGCUUAUGGAUAUUCAAGAUUAGGAAAACACGAACUAAAAUAUUACAAUUUGUCUUUUGUAAAAAUUGAAGUACCUACUUCUGCAUAAAUUCCAUUUUAUUUCAUAAUUUUCAAAAUAGUUGAUUUCGUGCAAUUAUUGUAUAAAACAUUUCUUUUAGUUACAAUUAACAUGGAGGAGUAAAAUUAAAAUUUCCUGUUUCUCAUUUUCAUGAUAUUUCGUGUUGUUAUUAUUCUUUACACAAAAUUUCAACUAAAUCCAAACUUAUUUAAUAUUAGAACAAAAGCAAAUAUUGAUUAAUAACAGCCUGCUACUUUGAAAUUCUCAUCUUUUGAGUCGCACCCGAGAAAUCGAUACUAUUUGGAGCGACUAGGAGACUAGGCCAAUGAAGACGAACGUCCACACUCUCGCACUUGUGUUUGCUCAAAUAGCCUCGUGGAGAAACUAGAUCAGGCUUAUAUAUAUUCAAGAUUAGGAAAAAACGAACUAAAAUAUUACAAAUUGUCUUUUGUAAAAAUUGAAGUAGUUUUUUCUGCAUAAAUUUAAUUUUAUUUCAUAAUUUUCAAAAUAGUUGAUUUCGUGCAAUUAUUGUAUAAAACAUUUCUUUUAGUUACAAUUAACAUGGAGGAGUCAAAUUAAAAUUUCCUGUUUCUCAUUUUCAUGAUAUUUCGUGUUUUUAUUAUUCUUUACACAAAAUUUCAACUAAAUCCAAACUUAUUUAAUAUUACAACAAAAGCAAAUAUUGAUUAAUAACAACUUGCUACUUCGAAAUUCUCGUCUUUUGAGUCGCGCCCGAGAAAUCGAUACUAUUUGGAGCGACUAGGAGACUAGGCCAAUGAAGACGAACGUCCACACUCUCGCACUUGUGUUUGCUCAAAUAGCCUCGUGGAGAAACUAGAUCAGGCUUAUAUAUAUUCAAGAUUAGGAAAAAACGAAAUAAAAUAUUACAAAUUGUCUUUUGUAAAAAUUGAAGUACUUACUUCUGCAUAAAUUCCAUUUUAUUUUAUAAUUUUGAAAAUAGUUAGUUGAAUUAUUGUACAAAACUUUUCUUUUAGUUACAAUUAAAUUGAAAUUUACUGUUUCUCAUUUUCUUCAUGAUAUUUGAUGAAUAGUUAAUUGUGUUGAGUGCUAUGAAGAAAAUGCAAAACUAGAUGUUUUCUAAAUUCAUAAAAACUAUAAUUUUUACUCCAAAAAGCAUACGUUGAAAUCAUUGUUAACAAGAAGAUUGAAUUGAGUACGUAAUUACCAUUUUAAAUACCAUCUGUUAAUUGAAAUACGUAAUUGCCAUACCUUGUUUGAUCUUAUAUACCUUUUAUGGAUUCUUGGAUACAUCAUUUAUAUAAGAACGUGUCACUUGUAUAAUGUAUAAUAUUACAAUUGUAUAUAUUUGUAAUAAAUUAAAUUUUAAUAAACA